UUUGACACUUAUUUCAAGGAGAAGUCGUUACAGAGCAGGAACAAGGUAUACCUUACUUUUUUCUGCCUUUUUGUUCUAAUAAGAUAUAAAAGAAGAGGAGUGGAUGAAAAUGGAGAAUGUGCUAAUUAUGUGGAAACUGAACAGAUCGUCACCUUUCAGCAGCAUGAAGUGUCUUUUGUUCAAGUUAGAGGCUCUGUUCCAAUUUAUUGGUCUCAGCCAGGGUUUAAAUACAGGCCACCGCCUAGAAUUGAUAAAGGGGAAGAAGAAAAUCAGGUUGCAUUUGCAAAACAUUUUGCUAAAGAAAUUGCCAAAUAUGGACCUGUUUGCAUAAUAAACCUUAUUGAACAAACAGGAAAAGAGCGAAUAGUGUGGGAAGCCUACACGAAUCACGUUCUUCAGCUUAAUUGCCCUGAACUUGUAUACUGUACUUUUGAUUUUCACGAAUAUUGUCGUGGGAUGCAUUUUGAAAACGUGUCAAUUCUUGUUAAUGCUGUCACUGACAUUCUAAGGGAUAUGGGCUAUUGUUGGAGGGACAGUCAGGGGCAUAUUUGUUCCCAAGUUGGUGUGUUUCGAGUCAAUUGUAUUGAUUGUUUAGAUAGAACAAACGUUGUACAGACAGCAUUGGGAAAGGCUGCUAUGGAAAUUCAAUUCACCAAAUUAGGUCUUAUACNGGAUACUUAG